CCGCGCGCGAGCGCCCCGCGAUGCCGCCGCCGCCGCGCCCGCGAUGACCGCUCCGAUCGACGUCACCGCGCCCGUGCGCCUGCGCGCGGUCGACGAUAUCCACGCGGAGCCGGACGUCACGGUCGUCCUCGAUACGCUCGCGUACGACGAGAUCUCGCGCGAGCUCCCCGAGAUUUACGUCGACGGCGACGGCGACGACGACGGCGACGGCGACACAUCGAUCGCGUGGGGCGCCGCGCACGCGUCGCUGCAGCGCGCGCACUUCCUCCAGAACGUCCUCCUCGCGCGAGACCCGAUCGCGUCCAAGCUGUCCGUGUGCUCGCUGCGCGACGCGUGCACGAGCAUGGACGGGUGCGUGUGGGACGACGCGCGAUUCUUCCUCGACCGCCUGGACGGGCCCUAUCGCGUCUUGCGCGACAGAGGCGUCGUGGACGUGCGCGUUUCGAGCGGCGACGGCGACGGCGACGGAGAGGAGGCGACGGCGACGGCGACGGCGACGUUUCGCCCGAUGGACCUGUGUUGGGCGACGCUCGCGAAGACGCUCAGAACGGCCCUCACCGCAGGCAGCCGCGGCGGCGGAGACGAAGACGAAGAAGGCGCCCGUCGUCGGACGCACUUCAUGAGCGACGCGCGCGCGUUCGAAGCCUACGGCGCUUUCCACGAGGAGAUCGCGGCGGCGUCCUCGGGGUGUUCCGCAACCCAAAACGACGUGAUCGUCGAGGCGCACGACGUGUUGCUGGACGUCUCGCAGGCGCACAGCCGUUCGCCGUAUCAUCUCUUCGCGGAAUAUCUUCCGAAGCUCGCCGCGUGCUUGCCUCUGCUGCGAGAACGGCCGGAGAUUAAGGUGCUCGUGCCGGACUGCAUCUUCAUGCGCGAGGUAAUCCGGAACGCCGAACGCUUCUUCGACGGUCUCGACCGCGCGAGGCUGGUGCUCAAGCGCGACGACGUGUUGUAUCGCGCGAGGGAGCUGCUCUUCGCGUCUUUCACGCCGAAUCUGCAUCCGAGUAACGUCCUCGUUCGAGACGUUUUAAUGCCGCGGCUUCGCGAGUUCACCCUAAACCUUCUCGACGACCGUACUGCUACCCCCACGGCGCCGCCAGCGCGUCCGCACGUGGUGCUGAUCGAUCGAUCGGACGUUCGUCUGCGUCGAGGACGCGACGGCGAGGACCUGGAGACUCGGCGACGCGUCGCGAACCGCGAAGAAGUAUUGGAAGCGCUCGCGGCGGCGUUGAGCGACACGCACGACGUGAAGACGUGGAGAAAGCUGGGGGGCGGCGGCGGCCGCGACGACGACGACGACGACGACGCGGCCGCGUCGAGCGAUCGAUGGAGCGUGUUCAGGGGCGCGGACGCGAUCGUCGGCGUGCACGGCGCCGGCCUCGCGAACGUGCUCUACGCCGCGGCGGCGGCGAACGACGAGGCGCGUCACCGCCGUCGGCGACCGACGCUGAUCGAGAUCGUCCCCGGCGCGAGCGCGUAUCACACCGAGUACGCGCUCCUCGCGCGCGCGUGCGACGCGAGGUACGCGGCGUACUUUGUGCCGAAGUGCACGUGGGGAGACGACGUGACGAUUCGCACGCCGAAGCGUCUCGCCGCGGUGGUUCGCGCGGCGCUGUUUCCGGAGGAGGUGGAGCGAUUGGUUCGCGGAGGAAAUUUCGAAAAAGCGUUCGACGGGCUGCACGGACCGUUCGCCGCGCGGAGGAGCGAGUUCGAGGACGCGCGGCCGUACGAGGAUAGGGUGGUGGGUCGCGGUGGAGCCGCGAGACGCAGAGGAGGAGGAGGAGGAGGAGGAGGAGAGCCGUCGAGCGCGCGGCAGCGGCGACGGCGGGCGUAG